UACCACGGGGGAAGUCGUAAUUCCUCCCACCGAACACACAAAGAAGCGCUUUUGUUUCUUUUUUUAAAUACCACCCGAGCCGGCUGAAGUUAUGAGGUAGACGCUCUUGACUGGUACUUACGCUGCCAUUGCCUUGGUGAAAAUGGAGCGAGAGUUUGAGGACAUAGAGUCGGAGGGCCGGUGGCACAAAUUGUACAUGGAAAUCCGAAGUCAGUCUCAUGAAUGCUCCUACAAAGUUGCCAAGUAUCCAGAGAACCGCAGCCGCAACAGAUACCGAGACGUCAGCCCGUUUGACCACAGCCGGGUGAAGCUGAAGAACGCAGACAACGACUAUAUCAACGCCAGCCUGGUGGUGAUGGAAGAAGCGCAGAGACGUUACAUAUUGACUCAGGGUCCCCUCAGGAACACGUGUGGCCACUUCUGGCUCAUGAUCUGGGAGCAAAAGAGCAAAGCCAUCAUCAUGCUCAACAGGGUCAUUGAGAAAGGCUCGGAAAAGUGCGCUCAGUACUGGCCCAUGUCCGAGGAGCGUGAGAUGGCGUUCAAGGACACACGCUUCCUGGUCACGCUGCUGUCAGAAGACGUCAAGUCUUACUACACCACAAGAGUGCUGGAGCUGCAGAACAUGAGCACGGGAGAGAAGCAGGAGAUCCACCAUUUUCACUACACAACGUGGCCCGACUUCGGCGUGCCCGAGUCGCCGGCGUCCUUCCUCAACUUCCUGCUGAAGGUGCGGGAGUCGGGGGCGCUGGGCGCCGACCACGGCCCCGCCGUGGUGCACUGCAGCGCCGGCAUCGGACGCUCGGGGACCUUCUCGCUGGUGGACACGUGUCUCAUGCUGAUGGACAAAAGGAAAGAGGCGUCGGCGUUGGACAUCCGUAGGAUCCUGCUGGACAUGCGGAAGUACCGCAUGGGUCUCAUCCAGACGCCAGACCAGCUGCGCUUCUCCUUCGUGGCUGUACUUGAGGGAACCAAGUGCAUCAUGGGAGACGCGUCCGUGCAGAGUCCGUGGCGGGAGUUGUCCCGGGAAGACCAGGAGCCCACCGCCAACUCGCCGGAGAGAUGCAACGGCAGUCAGCGGGCGGGACCACCCGGCGAAGAAGAGUACAGUAGACACGACGGCGAGAGGCCAAGCCAGUCGCCGGAGCAGGACAACAGCACCACACACAAACGACGCAGGGACGACAGUUUCUCCACAGCCCAAAGGACCAAUGACACCGACAGGAAGCGGAAAAGAGCAAAGACCGGGGACUCCUGACUCUGCCCCACCAACCCGAGGCUACGUUCGACGACGACAAAAAAACAUCAGCAGGGAAAACACCAACCUCUGUGUACUUCUUCGCCAGCACCUCCUGUUCCUCUUCCUCUCCAAACUGUUUACAGCAGACACUCAAAAAAACAACACACCAGCAUUUCUUAAAAUGGUUUCAUUAUUCGCAGCUUUUGUCAUACACACAUUUAUACCGACUGAAAUAAGAGCUAUGCAUUGACAAGUUUUAAUUUCAAAUUAAACAGUUAUGUAUUUUUUGUGGGGGGGAGAAGACCUUUUUGAUGAAAAUGUUCUAUUUUUUUAUAAAAAAGUACUUGAAGCAGCAAAGUUAGUGGCAUGUACAUAGUUCUUUUUUUCCUUAUAAGAGUGCGUAUAAAAUGCAUUGUUACACAUUUGAACAGAGAAUUUCAUGGGGGAAAAAAGAGGCAAUGAAUUCUUUCCUUCGUUAUCUUCUAAUAAAACUGGUAUCUAAUUUACAGAAUAUAUGGACUUCUGUGUUAAACAAUAGAUUAUGUUGGUAAUUGUUUGAAAUAUCUUGAUUCUUCAACCUGUUCUUUUUAAAAUGCCAGAGACAACAUAUAUUUUGCUCAAAUGUGCUCCCCCUGCAAAUUACACAAUUCAAAGUGUAGGAUGUGUGAAAGUGAAGGCGUGAGGGGGGCGUUACGCGCAUUUGUUUCAGAGUCGAGUUACGGACAUGGUGGAGGCGGGACUGCUGGGAAACACAGCGUGGCGCUGGGCCAAACACUUACAGUUAGGGCCCGAAUGAGGUCAAGCAAGAGAAACAUUCAUUCUGGCUCUUGAUCAUUUUUUAUUGAAAUAUAAAACGAGGUUACAAAAAGUGACUCAGAAGAUGGCAGGAGGGAUGCCGCUCCCAAAUAGCAGACUCCAGGAAAUUGGGAUCUUCCAUUUGGCCUCUCGGCUCUGAAAGAAAGCAGGAAGAACGGACUGUUUGAAGGGGGCACGGAUGCUUAUAAGAUAAUGUCAUUCCAUUUAAAAUGUAAAAACUAAAUGAGGAUUGUAAUUUAAAA